CUGCAAGGUGUUUGCUAACCAACGCGUACUCAAGUAUUAAGAAACAAAAACACAUUUGAAGGCCAAUUAUAAACAUAGAAAAUCCGGAAACCAUGCUCAGAAUAUCCAAGUCUUCUCCUGUCUGGGGAAAACAUAUAUUGGAGACAUAUCAAUCAAGAAACAUUAAGAUACCGCAAGAGUGUAUAAGAUCGAACUCUGUUUAAAUCGUUUUUUGAGCCAAUGCUGGAUUCUGUUAAAUAUGCUAAUAAGUUAUUGAAGCAGUGUUAAAUAGGAGCUACAAGUUAUACAAUUUUCAACUGCUUGCUUGAUCAUCAUGAAGCUACUAGAGAGUUCUCGUUUUGAGGCCAUCAACAAUGCACUUUCUAUCCAUACAAGCGGCAUCACAAUCUUUGGACGCAUCGAAAGCUACUCCUGCAAAAUGGUUGCAGCAGACAAGGCUUUAUACAAGCGGUUUACGGCUGAGACCCAUGGGCACGAUCUUCAGGCUCUAUCGCCUCCACAAACACUAGCCGACUUCUCACCUAAUUUUUGUCGCAACAACAGCCACUCGGGCGAUGAGGGCAUCAUUCUGUGCGACACCAUUUCACGCAAGACUCUGUUUUACUUAAUUGCCACUCUAAACGCUUCAUUUGAGCCAGACUAUGAUUUUUCGGAUGCGAAGUCACAUGAGUUCAGCAAAGAGCCGUCUUUGCAAUGGGUCAUGAACUCCAUUCAUUCAAAUCUAUCAGCAUUAGCGGGAGAUCAGUAUCAAGUCUUGCGCCAGCCGCUGUGGUCUGCCGUUGACGAUGAAGUGAACUUAUCGGAAUGCGACAUAUAUAGCUACAACCCAGAUUUAAGCUCUGACCCAUUCGGAGAACCUGGUUGUUUGUGGUCUUUCAAUUAUUUUUUUUAUAACAAAAAGCUAAAACGUAUUGUAUUUUUUACAAGUCGAGCCGUAAACUCCCUUUAUGCUGGAGAAACGUCGGACUUUUCAAUGGAAGAGGAUGUUUAUUGAGGAAGUUCAGCACAAUUAAUGUUUCAUCGCCAUUUCGUCUUUUCCCAGAACAUGUUCAUUGAUUGAAUAGAUCUUAUAUAUGUAUGUACAAAAAGGCAGGGAGCGUUAAAAUGUUAAAUUUUUGGAACAUUAAAGAGUACGUUAUGCUGGGAGUACGUAACGCAAGCGGAAUAAUAAUGAAAAACAAAAAUGUA